UUUUCAGUGUUUUGCACAAAUUAAGGAGUACGAAUGGCAGGAAAAUUUGAAAGAACGGGAUUUACAUAUGAAAAGUCAGUUUUGCCAGGCAAGGUGUUUAGCAAGAUGCAAAGAUUUAGGGUUCCUGAGAGACUGCCCUCAUAAAUGUGAAGUAUUCACUGGCGACAAGUGGCUACAAGAAUGUGGAAAAUCAGCCGAGUGUGUGUCCACAUGCAACCAUCUGACAAAUGCUACCGGUAUUGUCCCCGCAGCUCCAACUGCACCCAGGGUCCAUCCAUCAGGCGUCCACAAUGUUGACAUAUCGUGGAGUGCGGAUGAUGCGGACCAGUCCAAUAGUUCGUUGAUAUUUGUGAUAGAAUUCAGUUCUGGUGCUGGUAGUACGUGGAGCAUUCUGGCUAAGACCUGGCAGCAGCAUUAUGAAGCCAGCAAUCUUGAUGUGUGUCAGAGGUACCACUAUAGGAUUGCUGCGGUCAAUCGAUUUGGACAAUCAGGCUACUCCCCGGUGGUCAGCAGGACUGACGCUAUGCUUCCUAGGCCCGGACCAAUCCAUAGCCCCACCUAUAUCACCGGGCCGUACUACGAUGCGAUGAACAGAAACGUCGGGCAGGUUGGAUACUUCAAGGCUGUGAUCACGUGGAAAUCGCCAAUAGGUUGGAAUGAUACGACCGAGAUAUCAAAGUAUUCUCAACCAACAUCGAGUAAGAUCUGUAAUUCAACAAAUCACAACUCGGUGAUCGGUAUACCAUUGCCAUUGGUGAACUAUCAGUCAGGCAGCAAGAAUGUCCUUGAGGUGAAGGUGUUAUCUAAAGCAUUUGGGUGUCGGUUUGAGUUCAAGGUGCAUGCAGUCACAAGAUGCGGGACAAAGGGUCAAGAAGGGUCGUUCAUUCUUGACUUAUCAGAUUGCAAGUCCAUCGACAAUUAUCAUCCAUGUCCAACACCAAUGGGAUCCAUUGACCCAGACCCUGUGCGGGGUGUGAUGCCAGUUCCCAUCAACAAUACUCUCGAUGUCGAGAUAUCGUGGACGCCACCCGUCAAUCUUGGGACAUCCCGGUUCCUUCUUGAGUAUCGCCUGCAGUGGGGAUUGGUCAGCCCGAUAAUCUUUUUACCCGCCCUCAAGUCGGUGGAAAAUGAAACAGUUGUGCCUGCUAAUACAACCAAGACUGUGAUCACUGUCAACCACGGAGGCAGGGAAUAUGGUGUCCGAAUUAUCGCCAUAGGAAGCGAUUCCAAGCCAGUGAAGUGGGGUUUGCUGGCUAUAAAGACAUUUAUGGUGCCAGAACCAAUUUUCCAGGUGAGGAAAGAUGAAGAAGAUGAACCAGUGAAAUCGACAACGAAGCUCCCCGCCACGCCGACCCAGCCUCGAUUCCUAGUGACCCUGAACACCACAGAGCACUUGUCUCCUUACAUAUCUGACACAGAUGUGGCUGUGCCAGGCGAGCUGAAAGAGACAGAACCACAUCCAAAGUCCGAGGGUAAGAGCCUCUUUCCUGUUUCGCGCCCCUUGUCGUGGUGCUCUGUUGUGGGGGAACAAAAUGGCCAACUCAUUUGA